AAAAAAAAAAAAAAAAACCCUAACCCAAAACUUGACGAGUCCUAGCCGCCUGAUCUUGUAGAGCCGCUUUAUUUUCUGAUCUCACCACCACGUCUUAUUCCCAAUCUUUCCAUCACCAACUGCGAUCAAGAUGUCGAACAUCCAGAAGGUCGAAUUUGAGGCACUCAAUGUCUCAGGAGAUAACUAUCUCCAGUGGGCCCUUGAUACUAAAAUAUUCCUAAACUCAAAGGGGCUAGGUGAAUGCAUCAUUGAUGGUAAUACCGCAUCUACAAAAGAUCGGUUUCAGGCGAUUUUUCAUAUACGCCAUCACCUAGCCGACAGCCUUAAGAAUCAAUAUCUCACGCUUGAGAAUCCACUUGAACUUUGGGUGGCAUUGAAAAAGAGGUAUGACCACCAGAAAACGGUGUUGUUGCCCCAAGCCAAGUUCGAUUGGAAAAACUUAAGGUUUCUAGAUUUCAAAUCCGUAGACGCCUACAACUCCGAGUUGUUUCGGAUCGUUUCACUCAUGAAACUUUGUGGCGAUGAAGUGUCUGACAAUGAUCUACUUGAAAAGACAUUGUCAACUUUUCACACUCAAAACAUUGUGCUUCAGCAACAAUACCGUGCAAUGAAAUUCACGAAAUAUGAGGAUUUGAUCUCUUGUUUACUUCUUGCCGAGAAGAAUAAUGAGUUACUAAUGAGGAACAGUGCUCAAAGACCCCCGGGAUCAGCCCCGAUACCAGAGGCCCAUCAAGUUGAAGGAGCCGUGAAAGACACAAAGGAAUCCAACUAUGCCCAACGUGACAGAAACUCCGGCCAUGGUCGUGUAAAUGGACGAGGUCGACGUGGCAAUGGCCGUGGAAAUUUCCACGGUAAUUCAGGCCGAGGCAACCGACCUAACCUCAGUUAUGGUCGUGGUAGAGGUCGCGGAAUCUCCAAACCAUCUCACUCAAACCGCUCGACCAAUCAUUCACCUUGCCUCCGGUGUGGAAUGACAAAUCAUUGGGCUAAGACGUGUCGCACUCCUAAGUACCUUCGUGAUCUUUAUCAAAAACAUGGGAAAGUGAAUCCCGAAGCUAAUAUGGUUCACCAAGAUGAUGAAUCUAAUAUGGUUCACCACGAUGAUGAAGGUGACUUCAACCAUGAAAAUGACGAUCUCAUGGAUUUCGAGACCUCGGACCUCCUGAAAGGAGAUAAUUAAAUUCGACAUCUGGAUACUUGCUUUAUUUUGAUGGAUUUUGGCUUUUGUUUUUGAUUUAUUUUAAGACUUGAAGAUUUC